CAGAGAAUUUCUACAAACCAACACAGCAAAUCAAAAACCACCUACAUACCUCAGAAUAAGAUCACAAUAAGAACGAUGGCUCGAUUCAAACUAGACGUACAGAAGAAACAGCACCGGGAACGAUCCCAGCCCUUGCAGAGAAAGAGACUAGGACUACUAGAGAAACACUCGGACUAUGUCCAACGAGCAAAGGAUUAUAACUCGAAGAAGGAUCGACUGCAGAAACUUAGACUCAAGGCUAGCCUCAAGAACCAGGAUGAAUUUUACUUCAAGAUGAUCAACUCGAAGACCGUCAAGGGUGUUCACUACAACUUCAAUAAGGCUAAUACCCCACUCGAUAACCAGCUGGUCAAGUUGUUGAAAACUCAAGACUUUAAUUAUAUCAAAACAUGUAGAGCAAUCGAAGAGAACAAAAUCACCAAACUUAAAGAAAGGUUAGGAUCGAUGAUCAUCCGAGUCCAAUCUGAAGAGUCCGGUUCAUCCUCGGAUCUGAAGGAACAAGCGAUCCAGCUCAUCAACCAAAGCAUCACAGCUACUCAUGCCAAGAAUACCGCCAACUCUGACCAAGGGGGAUCAGAGCUGGAUCACGAUGAUCAUGCGUUAGUCAAGCCAGGGAAGAAGACGAUCUUUGUGGAUUCGGUUGAAGAGGUCAAAAACUUUAGUAUCACUUCUUUAGGAAAGAAAACCAAAAAAGAUAAAACGCAAUCGGCCAGUAAAUCUAGCUCAAAGAAAACCAAGGGAAAGUUUACGGAAGAGUUUUCGGAUGCCGAAGAUCAGCUCACACCAGAUCCCGAGAAACACAUGAGGAAAUUGAUGACCGAAUUCCAGACGAGAUUAACGAGACUAAGAGUAUUGCAGACGGCGGAGAGAGAAAUGGAGUUGAAGAAAUCCUUGAUGGGCAAAGGAUCAAAGUUCCUCAAGUUCAGAUCGUCGACCCAGAAGCCUAAACAGGACGGCUUGGUUAACGGUCGGGAUCUGAGUUGGUAUGAUAAGUUAGACCGGAAUCAGAUCAUCGAGGAUGAUCUCGAACGCGAACGACUCGAGAAGUUGAAUUCGGGUAUCAAAACUGGCGCUCAAGUUUGGAAAUGGAAACAAGAACGUAAAAAAUAAUCAACCGGUUCUCAGUCAUCUCUCUGUUUUUUGUUUUCAUGUCAAGUGAUCAAUACCUUAUAUGUAUUCAAAGUAUUUGUAAUUUUUGAGGAUUGGGAUCAUGAGUUUUUAAGCUACACCAAACGAGCAAGAAAAAGAGUGCAGGAGAACCAAAGAUACACAAAGAAGGAUGAAUACCCUGAACACUUCUCAUUUGAGUCUGUAAA